CCUGGGUCCCCAGCAGGCAGGGUUUCGGCCGGCGGUUCACUUCUGCUUCUGCUCGUCGCCAACACCCAUAGAUGCUGUGGCUCCCAUGCGCACUGCAGCCAGGCAGGGUUUUGUCACCACUGUCACCUUGGGUUGUGUUUGGCGCUGGAAGAGGCACCGGCAUUUUUGGGUCAACCUUGGCCGGGUGGGGAGAGUUGAGAUGAGCUUCUUGCCAGUGUGGUGAGCAUCUCUCCCGCUCCAUCCCCAAGUCCUCCCUCUCCACCCCCGAGUCCUCCAUCCCCAAGUCCUCCCUCACAGAUUGUCCAUCCCCAUCCCCAAAUCCUCCAUCCCUUUGCUGGCAGGGCCGGCUCCCUCGUGCCCACCCACCCUGGAGCCUUUGCACCCGAUGCCGCACUCUCCUCGUCCCACUACACUUCCCAGUUUGACAUGGUGAUGGUGACCAGUUCUCCUCCCGGCUCAUCCUCUCCCAGCACCAUCCACUCUUGGAGCCUUAUUACAGGGAACUGGCCAAUUAGCCUGCAUCAGUAAUUAAAUCCAUGGAGGAGACCAUGAACUGGGGAUUACUCGUCCCUGCCUGGGAAAUAGGAGCAUUUGUAAUGAGUCCUCCAACAGGUCUGGCUGCAAAGCCAUUAGCCCGGGAGGUGCACGGGGAUGCUGUGGAGCUGCCACCAGCCAACACGGAGUGGUCUUUUCUGCGUGAGGGGCUCUGACCCUGCGAGGGAGACGGUUGUGGGUGCAGCACCCAGUGCCUCUCUGCGCCCCGGGGUUCCAUCCGCUGCCCCCUCUGGUUGUUGGUGUCUGCUUGGUGCUGUUAUGGACAUGGCACGAGGUGAUGGGCGAUGGCCAAGCCCCAUGUGUGGGUGCUGCACCUCAGGGAUCGCGCUGGGGAUUUGCAGGGGGGAUGGGACCCACAGCCGGGCUCCCCUACAUCCCCAUGGGGGUGAUGGAUGCCAUGCGAUGGGGAUGCAUCCACGUGCUGGGGGCUGGAGAACAGGGGUUGUGAGAGCAGCUGAGAGCCCUGGGGGUGUUCAGCCUGGAGAAGAGGAGGCUGAGGGGAGACCUCAUCGCUGUCUGCAGCUCCUGGAAAGGAGGUUGGAGCGAGGGAGCAGCCUGGAGCCCGAGGAACACAGCAUGGAGCCACCAGCCGUGCCGGAGGAGGAGGUGCCCCUCACCGCGGCGUCUGGCCCGGAGGGUUGCCAGCUCUUCGGUUACGUGGGAAUCGAAGCCGUGCUUGACCAGAUGAAAAUCAAAACCAUGAAGACGGGCUUCGAGUUCAACAUCAUGGUUGUGGGGCAGAGUGGGCUGGGGAAGUCAACGAUGGUGAAUACGCUGUUCAAGUCCAAGGUGAGCCGCAAAGCCUCACAGCCUGGCCAGGAGGAACGCAUCCCCAAGACGGUGCAGCUGCAAUCUGUCACCCACGUCAUCGAGGAGAAGGGUGUGAAGAUGAAGCUGACAGUGACAGACACACCAGGGUUUGGGGACCAGAUAAACAAUGAGAACUGCUGGGACCCCAUCAUCAAAUACAUCAACGAGCAAUAUGAGAGGUACCUACGUGAGGAGAUCCUCAUCACCCGCAAGAGGAAGAUCCCAGACACCCGGGUCCAUGGAUGCGUCUACUUCAUUCCCCCCACAGGUCACUGGUUGCGCCCACUGGACCUGGAGUUUAUGCAGCGGCUCAGUAAGAUCGUCAACGUGGUGCCGGUGAUUGCCAAAGCCGACACGCUGACCCUGGAGGAACGGGCAGAAUUCAAGCAACGGAUCCAGGAGGACCUGAAGACCCACGCCAUCAGCGUUUACCCGCAGGAGGACUUCGACCAGGACCCCGAUGACAGGGCGCUGAAUGACAGGAUUCGUCAGGAGGAGAUCCCCUUUGCUGUGGUGGGGGCAGACCAGGAGCACCAGGUGAACGGCAAGCGGGUCCUGGGCCGCAAGACCAAGUGGGGCAUCAUUGAAGUGGAGAACCCGGCACACUGCGAGUUCCCCCUCCUGCGGGACCUGCUGAUCCGGUCCCACCUCCAGGACCUGAAGGACAUCACCCACAACGUCCAUUACGAGAGCUACCGUGUGCGGCGGCUGAACGAGAGCAACCAGCUGGCGCUGAGCCCCCUCAAUGGGCUUCCUGGCAAGGACGAGGGUGGCAGCCACCUCUGA